UUGAAUUUGUCGCCAUGUCAUCAAAUGUGAGUUACAUGCUGGAGGCAGCCUUAGAACACAUGGAUGACAUCAUAGCAGGGUCUAAGGCUGCAUUCUCUUCAGAUGAUCUGAGCUCUCCGUCUGUACAGCAUGUGUCUGCAGAAUGUACAGCUCAUCUGAAUGUUCUUCAGCUUGCUGAGGAGCUGAAAGUGGCUCUUGAAGAACAGCCAUGUAUAGAAUAUUUGGACACUCUGAGAAAACAGAUCCCCUCUGCCACAGCUCACACUCUGAUGCUCUGGCUGGACAGACGAUUGGUCAACGUGCAAAACCCAGGCUACGGCGAGAGCUAUCAGGAGCGGCUGUCUCGUCUAGAGGGUGAUAAAGAGUCUCUUGUGUUACAGGUGAGUGUGUUGACAGAUCAGGUUGAAGCUCAAGGUGAGAAGAUCAGAGAUUUGGAGAGUUCUCUUCAGGAAUAUCAACACAAGCUCAACUCCACUGAGGAGAUGCUUCAGCAGGAGCUUGUGAGCAGGGGUUGUCUGGAGUCACAGAAGCACAGUUUGAUGGAGGAGGUGUCUUGUCUCAAACACAAGCUGGUGGGCAUGGAGGAUAAACACAUUUCCAGCACUGAGAGGCAACAUAAAGCUGAGAGUGUAGUAAACCUGAUUAGUGAGCUGCAGGAGCAGAUGUGCAGGAUUCGACAGCAGAUCUCUACUAAGAUCACUGAGAAGCCAGCAGAGAUGGACCCAGAAGAUGAUUUUGCCCAUGAGCAAGCGCAAGCCGUUCUGACUGACCCAAAGUCAGCGAACAUGCUCCACAAACUUAAGAUGCUGAAGAAUCGAGUUGAUCAGCUGGAACAUGAGAAGACGCAGUAUGAGGAGAAACUCAAGGUCACACAGACAGAGAUCAUGAGUUUACAGCAGUUGUUGAGCUGUAAGAACGCUGAGAUAGAAAAUCUUCAGGCUCAGCUGCUCUGCAGAGCUCCAGUGUCUGUGGACAGUACAGAGAGAGAUCAGGAGCUCCAGAGAUUAAAGACAGGGAUAGAGUCACUGAUUGCAACCAAUGAUGAAAAGGAUCGUCGGAUAGAAGAACUUACUCUUCUCCUCAGCCAGUGCAGACAGAUCAGUGACAUCAUGACUUUAGUUCAAGUGUCUGGAGACAACUCUGUUCAGAUCAGCAGUGAUGAGGGGAAGCAGAAUGGAAUUGUAAAGAUGAAGACGUUAAGACCUAAAGCUCAUCCUGAGAUAACCUUCAGUAGCUCAUCUCCUCUUCUGGUGUCUUCAGUUCAUUCACAGAAUGAUGCACAGAACUCUGGGUCCAUCAGUAUGGAGAGCUUGAGAGGCUCAGCUCAAAAGGCAGUGAAUGACAAACUAGUACAUCCUGUUCUGACAGAGGAGACUCAACCAGCUGAUAACAGACAUCAGAUGUUUCCGGCAGUGUUGAGUUCCCCAGAGAAGAGAGACAGUAAGAUGAGUGACACAUCCGACCUGAGAACUCCAGAGAUGAAGGAUGAUAAAGAUAUCUUGUGCUGUCCAGAAAGAACUGCUGAUGUUGUUACGCCUAUUAGAGGAAGCACAGAGAAAAUGAAGGACACAACAUCAUCUAAUCUGUCAUCAGUGUUGUCAGGAGCAGAGUCAGGACAGCAGUCUCCUGUGUUACAGGAAAACGUCAAAAAUACCAGCAUACGCAAACUGUGGGGAAAGAUCAAAAGGACGGGUGUGCUGUCUGAUGACCUGGAGCCCACUGCAUUCAGGAGAGGAGGGUUCAGGGCCACAGCGGGGCCCCGGCUGACACGGACCCCUGAAUCAGGACGUUCAGCUUGUGCACACACCCCCUUCAGUAAGUGGAGCACAGAGCAGGUGUGUGGUUGGCUGGAGGAUUGUGGUUUGGGUCAGUAUGUCAGUCUGGCCCGUCAGUGGGUGGAAAGCGGACAAACCCUCCUUUCUGCCACUCCACAGGAGCUUGAGAAGGGGAUUUGUAUUAAACACCCUCUGCACAGAAAGAAGCUGCAGCUCGCUCUCAGAGCUUUCAGUAACAAAUCAAUGGAGAAAUCUUCAGAGCUCAAUCACAUCUGGGUUACACGUUGGCUUGAUGACAUCGGUUUACCACAGUACAAAGAUCAGUUCUAUGAGAGCAAGGUUGAUGGCCGCAUGCUACAGUAUCUGACAGUUAAUGAUCUGUUGUUCCUGAACGUCACCAGUCAACUCCAUCAUCUGAGCAUUAAAUGUGCCAUUCAUGUGUUGCACGCUAACAAGUUCAACCCAAACUGCCUCAGACGCCGACCAGGAGAUGAGAAUAAGACGUCUCCCUCAGAGGUGGUGCAGUGGUCCAAUCAUCGAGUUAUGGAGUGGUUGAGGUCAGUGGAUUUGGCUGAGUAUGCUCCAAACCUGAGAGGCAGCGGCGUUCAUGGAGGACUGAUUAUCCUUGAGCCUCGCUUUAGCUCAGAGACAUUGGCUAUGCUCCUGAACAUCCCUCCACAGAAGACCCUCCUCAGACGGCACCUCGCCACCAACUUCAGCACACUGGUGGGUCUGCAAGCACAACAGGAGAAACGGGAGUUUGCCAACGCCAGUGGGAAUUCACCCCUCACCAUCACAGCCAAAGUCAGGCCAAAGAAGCUUGGCUUUACCCACUUCAGACAGCUGAGGAAGCUCAGGACAGAGGAUUCAGCAGAUUAUAUCUGCCCCAUGGAGACAGGAACUCCCGUCCUGAGUGCAACACCAAAGCGGCCUUGUGAAAGCUUCAGGGGCAUGAGCCCCAUCCUGGACACAGACUCGGACAGACAGGAGCUGGUCGGGUCAAAGAGUUGAUUCACUGCGUCUGUCAUUCAACCAAACAAAGCAAAACAACAGUAACUGCAUGCUGUGGAACCAAACAGCAGGCAUCAAGAGAGGCUAGAACUCAUUCUUGAGCAUAUGACCUGGAUAUGCUGCAUAUGACUUAUGAAUUACUUUCAAAAGUGAUGGAUAUUAUUAUUUAAUUGGAUUUGGAAAGCUGAAAUGCCAAAAUAUUUCCUGGAAUAUUUUAUUUGUUUCUCUUUCUACAAAACCAAAUACAUAAUUGUUUUAAUUUUAACAAUGAAUUUAUACCUAUUUCUGGCAAACUGAAUGAGUUUUGAAAUGUCAAAUCAUUUUUUUAUUUCUCUCUCUCUUUCAUUGUAUGUAUGAUUUGCUUAUGCUUUGUUAAAAUUAUUCAUUAAAAGGUAAACCAUUGUGAAAAUUAGGCAUAAUGAUUUAAAGGUGCAUUCAGUAACUUUUGUCUUUGUGUUAUCUUGUACUCACACUGACACCUAGUGGCUCGGAUGCAGCAUCAUUUAAAAUCAAUAGUUUUCAGUUUCAGAUGUCAUUGUAGAAAUUUAUUAUUCACAGUCAGACAUGAUUACUUUAAUCAGUGAGUGAAAGUGUCCAAUAACAGGACGUUACUGAGAUUAAGUGAGUAGUAUUCAGCUGGUCAUGUGAUUGUAACAUGUGUGGACCCUCUCCAUGUAGAAUAAAACAGCUUU